UGACUGACUGGGAAGCGUGUGUCAUUAACAAAGGCUGCAUUUCCUCUCGAAAUGUAUUGCCUUUAGCGGCUUUUCAGCAGUUUUCGUCGUCUCGGGCUUCGGACACCUCGUGUGAGGAUGUGAAAGAGUGGUUAUUAUCGUAUAAGAGCUUGAAAUUAAAUCUGUCUCACUUUCCGUUUCCCUCCUUUUUUUUUGAAACUCUAGGACACCCAUUACCCAGUAGCGGCAUCAACCGCACAGACGCCGAGAUAAAGAAAGAAAAAAGAAGAUGCCCCUUCUCCACAAAAAGCCUUUCGUCAGGCAGAAACCUCCUGCUGAUCUCAAACCGGACGAAGAAGUUUUUCUUUGUAAAGUCACACAUGAAAUCUUCAGGACGUACGAUGAAUUCUUCGAGAGGACCAUCCUCUGUAACAGUCUGGUGUGGAGUUGUGCAGUAACAGGCAAACCUGGUCUAACUUACCAGGAGGCUUUGGAAAGUGAGAAGAAGGCCAAGCUUAAUCUGCAGAGCUUUCCUAAAGCUUUACUCGUCCCCAUCUUGCACCUGACUUCUCUCACCCAGCGCACACGACUGCAUGAAAUAUGUGACGACAUCUGUGCUUUCAUCAAAGAGCGUUUCUUUCCAGGGGAGAUGAUUGAUGUUGUAAGCCGCCCUGGUGCAAGACAACACUGCCAAAUCUUAGAGGUCAUUCCCCCGCAUUCUAAAGGGACCAUGAACGGUCAUGUCAAACACCAUAUUGAGGGAGACUCCAUCGUCAUCAGUGACAGUGAUGAUGAGACUAUAGUCACUUCACCCAAGUCCCCCAAGACAACACCCAGUGGGCAGAGGAAGGCUAUCAAACCAGACAUGUUUAAGUAUAAGGUUCAAGCAGUCAGCCCAGAGGGUAGUGAGCCCAUCAUUGUCAAAUCACCUCAGAUUGUUCGAAAGAAGAAUGUGUUUACUCGAGACAGACUGAAACUGCUCCUUAAACAACACUGUGAACCAGUGAAUGGGAUCAUCAGACUCAAAGCAACAACUGUUGCAACAUACAAAAUAUCGGAACAAAGUUUCUCGCAGUUCUUCCCAGAUGAAUCCCCAGUUUUUGUCUUUAGUCCUCCUGGAAAAGGCAAGGGUCGACCCCUCAGUGAUGCAGCUUCUGUGCAGGGUGCGAAUGCAAUGCAAGCUGCAGAAGAAAAACUGAAACUCUUGCAACAAAAAGCAGAAAUGAUGGCAACUGCAAAUGAAAAAGCAAAAAUGAAGAAGGAGAGAGAAGAUUUGUUGGAAGCUAAAAGGAAGGAGAAAGAGGACAGAGAUAGAAAGAAAGAGGAGAUCAAGAGAAUGAUUGAGGAAGAAAAACAGAAAAGAAAAGAAGAAAAAGAACGAAUGAAGUUUGAAAAAGAGCGGGAGCGAGAAAAGUUAAAGGAGGAAAAGAAGAAAUAUGCUGAGCGUCUGAAAUUGUGGAAUAAACCCAGAGAGGACAUGGAGUGUGAUGACCUCAAGGAGCUUCCAACACCAGUGCCAGUAAAGACACGUUUGCCUCCAGAGCUGUUCGGAGAUGCAUUGAUGGUGCUGGAGUUUCUAAACGGAUUUGGAGAGCUCUUUGAUCUGAAGGAUGAAUUUCCUGAUGGCAUCACUCUAGAGGUUUUAGAAGAGGCUCUUGUAGGCUCUGAUCCUGAGGGGCCACUAUGCGAGCUGCUGUUCUUUUUUUUGUCAGCCAUUUUCCAAGCCCAGGAUGAGGAGCAGGAGGAGGGAGCUAAAGAGCAGGUUGCUGAAACUGAUGCAAAAGACCUGAGUGAGGCGCUAGAUGAUGAUGCUGACCCCACACAGUCUGCAAUCAGUGCUGUCGCCUCCCUGGCUGCUGCCUGGCCUCAGCUCCAUCAAGGUUGCAGUCUGAAACAGCUAGAUCUGGACAGCUGUACUCUCUCUGAGAUCCUAAGGCUGCACAUCCUGGCCUCAGGGGCAGAGUGUAACUACACCAACGCGAAAUUUCGCUACCAGAAACAAGGAGGCUUUAGCUCAACUGAUGACCCAUGUGUGGAGCUGCGUUUCUCCAGCCCUAGUUUGCUCAAGAAGCUGUCCGGCACUUCAGUUUAUGACUUGCUUCCUGGAGAAAAGCUGAAGCUCCUGCAUACAUUGUGUGGGAAGUUGCUCACUCUGAUCUCUACUCGAGACUUUAUUGAGGAUUGUGCUGAUGAGCAGCGAGCUGCCAAGAUGGAGCUCCGUGAACUCAAAGCUGAACAGCACCGCAGAGAGAGAGAGGAAGCUGCUAACAGAUCUCGUAAAAGAAGAGAGGAAAAGCUGAGGGAGCAGGAACAGAAACUUAAAGAGAAACAUGAAAAACUGAAAGAAGAGGAAGUGAGAAACGGCACUCAUGCAAUCGGAGAGGAGCUAGACACUAGUACGGAGAGUCAGGAAGGGCAUGCAGACCAGACAGAGGAUGAAGGGGAACAUUUACAGCAAAGCAAAUCUAAAAAAGUUGAUGGCAGCACUGCAAAAGGCAAGCAGGCAAGUGAGGAAGAGUUGAAGAAUGGCCUCAGCCCAGAAGAGCUUCAACAGCAGCAGCAGAAGGAGAAGGAGCUAUUGGAGCGCAUCCACAAAGCUGCAGCAUGCACAUAUAUUCUGCCACUGGGUCGUGACCGCCUUUACCGCCGUUACUGGCUCUUCCCCUCAGCUGGAGCACUUUUUGUGGAGGAUGACUUUUUUGGCCUGACUGAGGACAUGUUGAAGCCUCGUCCUGCCCCUGAACGUGAAACAGGAGAUCUUUCUGACCAGAGUCCUGUGAAAACUGAGGACUUGGCAGAAGAGCACAGGUCAUUGCAGAGCACUUUAGUCCCAGUGAACCGGCCCAAUCAGUGGGCCUUUUAUAGCACAUCUGCAGAGCUGGAACAGCUGAUUGAGGCACUAAAUCCACGAGGACACCGUGAAAGUUCACUGAAAGAGUCUUUAGUGCAAGAGAAGGAGCGCAUCAGUCAGCUGCUUAGCAGUAGUGCUGCAGAGCGCUACCAUCACUCAGAUAGAGUACCAACAGAGACUAAAGGAAGUACUGGGAAGGUUAAGAAUGGUUCCACUCCCCUGGAGAGCAGUGUACCUGCUGAGCGCCAUAUGGAGAAUCGUCUUAGGGAUCUGCUGCUGGACAUUGAGGAUCGAAUCUAUCAGGGAACUCUUGGUUCGGUAAAGGUGAUGGAAAGAGGUGCAUGGAGAGCAGCAUUGGAAAGUGGGAACUAUGAACUACUUGUUUCCGAGGGCAAAGAGAACUGGGUAUUGAAUAGGGAGGAGGAGGCCAUGGAGAUGGAAGAAAACCAUAUCAAAGUCAAAGACAGACUGCAGGAGUUAAAGAGUGACAGCCAGAGUGCAGCAUCCACCAGGGCUAGCACACCUCAGCCCGUAAACAACAACGUGCACUGUCUUGCAAGGGCCCUUGCUCAGAUAGAGCAGGGUAUUGAAAGAAAAUUUCUUAAAGUUCCGCUGGGAGAUGAGGAAAGUAAAAAAGACCAAAAAACAAAGAAAAAAGAUAAAAAGAAAGACGAUGACCAGUCUAGUGAGAAGGAUGACGGAAGUGAGUGUGGGCGACAAGUGAAGACAGUGCUGGAGCGUUGGAGGGAAUCUCUUCUGACCUGCUCCAGCCUCUCGCAGCUUUUUCUCCAUCUGUCUACAUUAGAGCGCAGUGUGCUGUGGGCCAAGUCCAUCCUAAAUGCUCGCUGUAAAGUAUGCAGAAAGAAGGGAGACAGUGAGAACAUGCUGCUGUGUGAUGGCUGUGACCGAGGCCAUCAUAUCUACUGUGUCCGCCCCAAGCUGAAGGCUGUUCCCAGUGAAGACUGGUUCUGCCCAGAGUGCCGCCCCAAACAACGUUCACACCGCAUAAACUCUCGUCAGCGUUCCUCCAUCGACUCUGAGGAGGAACUGGAAGAAGAGGAGUCUGAGGAAGAGGAAGAAGAAUCUGAAGAUGAAGAAGAGGAAGACUUGGAAGAUGAGGAGUCAGAGGAAGAAGAGAAAGAAAGGUUCGUGAGCUCCAAGAAGGCUGCUGUGAAGCUUCCUAUACAGACUUCUAAAGGAGGUCGUUCGAGCAACAGAUCCAAGCAAGCUGAAUCAAAUUAUUCUGCGCCCCCGAGCCAACAGAGCACACCCAAACAGAACAACCUCACAGUUAAAGGAGGCUCAAAAAGCACAGGGAAGAAAGCCACUCCAGUGUCCAAUGGCAGGCCCCCUCCUCGGACUGGAAGCCGCUCCAGUGCCCGUCUCAGCCUGGAGGUGCUCAACACUAACGGCACCUCAAAUAAAAGCAGCCCUCAGAUAAAUUCUGCUGCCACUCGCACAGAGUCCAGGAAAAGACCCAGCACAGCAGAGGACUCCCCUAAAAAUAAGAUGUCCUCGCCCCCAAGCGGUUCCUCCUCUAGUCGCCGCUGCUCUGGGAGAAAUCUUGGCGUUCAUGAGCUGUCCGUGUAUGAACAGCUGACUGUGGAUCUAGUAAGACAUGAGGAUAGCUGGCCCUUCAUGAAACUGGUGUCUAGAACUCAGGUACCUGACUACUAUGAUAUCAUCAAAAAACCUAUUGCUUUGAGUAUCAUCAGAGAAAAAGUGAACAACUGUGACUACCAAACUCCAUUGGAGUAUGUAGAUGAUGUGGAGCUGAUGUUUUCCAACUGCCUUGAGUAUAACCCUCAUAAUACCAGCGAGGCCAAGGCUGGCAUCCGACUUCAAGCUUUCUUUCACUCAGAGCUACAGAGACUCGGACUGGCUGAGCGAACAAGCCCUCCACAGAAACGUUCAAGAAUGUAAACCUGACUUCUGUAACUGGAAAAUCAUGCACACAACAUUCUUUAGACAAGCAAGAGACUCGAUGUUAGAUUUCAGAGAACUUGUGGGAUGAUGCAAGAAGGGAUUUUGGCGUUGCUUAAUGUGUUGCAGGACAUACCUGCACUGUGGAAAGAAAAUUUAUUUGCACUGUUUUUUAAUGUCCUUGCUUUCAUUGGUUAAGGGGCAAAAAUCUAAAUGGUGCAUUUAUACUUUAUAUCUUUCAUUUCUAGACUACUGUGUAUAAAGGUUUCAUAAUUCAUUUGAAUUGAUAAACUAAUUGUUGCAACUUAAAGAAACAAAUAGCUUUUCUGUUCUGUUGUAGUUUUUACUAGUAAAAUAAAUAAACCUGUUUGUUUCAGCAAGUUCCCUGUAGCUUGGUUGAACACUACAUAGGGACCAAGACCUGCUUGCUUUUUUCUGUAAUGCUUUCCAUAAUAUUUAUUUUAGUUUGGGGUAUACUUUGGAAUUCGCUUUAUUUAUGAAUCGUGUUUUGUUUUAUAGUUUAUUUCUAUGUACCUUUUUUUUUUUAAGUACUAGCACUGGUCUUCAAGCAAUAGAAACCUGGGUAAAUGGCUGUUUUUCUAUUUCAGAUUAUUAUUUUGCUAGUGUUUCUGUAUAUGAUUUAAACCAUAAAUAAAUUGCUUUUUGUAAGUGUA